UCUCCGGAGUGCCGUCUACCUUUUCUUAUGGUGGGGACCUUUACAUAAGCAGUUUUGAAGAUUUUGAAUUAAAACGUGAUUAAAACUAGUACAGGAUCUGUGUUCGGGGUUGAGUGUUCGCCUUGACAUAUUUAUUAUUCGGAUAAAAUUUCCCACAACACAAUAAAAAAAAUGGGAGGAUUUACUCAGCGUCCAUGGACUCCAACCAAACGACGUGGCCCAAUAGCCGCAGAAUAUAAUAGUCCAGGCCCAGCGUGUGUGUCUCUUCCUUCAUACAUAGGUAAAAGAACAUCGGAGUCAAAAAGUGGGCGAGCACCGGCUUUUAGUUUUGGUGCUAGACAUAAUGGCAAAAUUGACAGCAUCGGACCUGGUCCAGGUCAAUAUAACGUAACUGGUCUUAGUGCAAAAGGAAAAGACACACCUCCUGCCGUUAGUUUGCACGGUCGUCCUAAAGAUGCCAAACCUGAAAAUUUUCCCGCCCCAGGGGACUAUGAUCCUGACAAAGCUGAAAAAGUCAUUCACGACAAUGCACCUCGAUAUACUUUUGGUUUAAAAACAAAUGUCGAAAAACCGUUGGACACACCAGCACCUAACGCCUAUAAACCACUUCAGAGGUCGAAAGCUCAUCGCUAUUCCUUUGGGAAAAGAACACCUUUGUAUAGGUUAUCAGAUACUCCGGCACCCAAUGUUUACAAUGUACCAGAAUCAGAAAAAAAAUUGCAUGAACAUUCCCCAAAAUAUAGUUUCGGUCUUAAAACUCCAAUUGAAAAACCAUCGGACACACCGGCGCCCAAUGUUUACAACGUACCAACGGCCGACAAGGUUUUACAUGAAAAUUCUCCCAAAUACACUUUUGGAUGCAAAGUUCAAUUGGAAAAGCCUUCGGAAACACCCGCUCCCAAUGUAUACAAUGUCCCAAAUGCCGAUAAAGUGUUGCACGAAAAUUCCCCUAGAUACAGUUUUGGUAGCAAAGUUCAAUUGGAAAAGCCAUCGGAUACCCCUGCUCCAAAUGUUUACAACGUGCCGACUUCCGAAAAGAUCCUACACGAUAAUUCACCUAAAUACAGUUUUGGAAAUAAGGUUCAAGCGGAAAAACCUUUGGAAACUCCUGCACCCAAUGUAUACAACAUUCCGCCAGUUGUUGGUGACAAGAAAUCAGCACCGGCUUACACUAUUUCUGGAAGAAACAAGGAACUAGUUGAUGAACGCGUAAAAAAUCCAGGUCCGGGCCAAUAUAAUAACGUCAACCCAGAAAGCUACAAAACUCAUUCGCCAGCAUACACCAUAAGUGGAAGAACAAAUAUUCCAGUUGAUUCUUCAACUCCAGGACCCGGAGUAUAUUCCCCGGAAAAGGUGGAUCUUGAUUAUCAGCCCGCACACAGUUUUGGCAUCAGGCACUCCCAAUACGCUGAACAUUAUUAAAAAGCAAUUAUCAAAAAUGUUUUGAUACAUUUCAUUUUAUUUGUUCAACACGUGUUAGUUUUGACUAAACCAAAUGUUUAACAUUUUUAUGGCAAGCGAAUCUUUGCUUUAGAUAUCAAAUACAACUCUCUAGGUGCAUAGCAUAGUUCCUAAUUAAUUAUUGAGAUUUGCCAAAUUUUUAUCUCUUUCAUUUUUUGCUUAUAAUUUAACUACAAAAUAAUUAUUGCUUUUGGAACAAAAAGUUUUAUUCAUGUUGGCAACAAUAACCCACCGUUAUGAGCUGUUUAUUUAGAUGAUGCGACUAAUUUUUUGUUUUUACGUUGUUGGCACACAGUGUUGCCAUUUUUUAUUUCAUGCUCUCUACCGCAUAAUCUAAAUAAAACAAAAAACAACGUUUAAAUACAUUUAUAUUAUAAGUAAUAACCAAUUAUGUAUUUAUCUCUUUUAAAUAAAAUUUUAUAUAUUUA